GACGUCCUCCGCGGCAGUUUUCGAUGCACGUACGAUGAGGCUUUCGGCGCGUUCCCGAGUAGCCGGGUCUUCGUGGAGCGAGCGGUGGACCCUUCAGGCCGCUUAGCGCAGCCUCCCCUGGAUCCGCGUCUGCAAGCACCGAGCCCAAGCGAACACGUGGUGGUUGCUUCUUGCCCUUCGGGACACCUUCUUGCAGGGCAGCUCCGGUGCCUGGCGCGGCGUGCCCUCGAGCCGGGCAUGGCCCUGUGCUAUGCAGGCGAGCUGUACUACAGCGAAGCGGACCAUGCCCAGUACUCAUCAUCCUAUUCCCUCCUGUCUCGCAACGGCAUGGUCGUGGAUGGAGCGCGCUACUCCAAUGAGGCAUCGUUUGUGAACCAUUACGUGGGAAUCGCGGAUGCUCCGAACUGUGCGAUUGGAUCAUCUGAAAUGCAUGUGGCGACCAUCGAGGUGACUCAGCCUAUAGGCCUUGAUGAGGAGCUCUUAGUGGACUACGGCAUGGAGCAUUGCGUGCGCAACGAGGUGCCACACCCCCGUGUGCCGGCAUGGGCCCGCGAUUUUGCAGCCCUGGCCCGGGUGCAGGCGGUUGGCGAGCGGCUGUCACGGCUGAAACAGGAGCCGCUGGACUCCGGAACCCGGCAGCGAGAGCUUCGGAAGCUCCUUCGCCAAGGCCACGUCAAUGUCUCACUGCUCUCCGAGGAUGGUCGCGAGGAGGUCAGAAAGCUCCGAACAGAAGUCAAGGGACAGCUGCGGUCUUUGCUGCUCGCAUCGGCG